AUGUCUUCUUCACCAUUGAGAGCUUCAAUUAUAGUAAGUGCUAUAGUAUUCACAGCUAUUGGAAUGGGUCUUUCAAUUGCUGGAUUAUUAAGUCCUUCCUGGCAGGUAGUUAAUUUGCAAGAAUAUAAUUCUGUCCACGAACACGGACUUUGGCUCGACUGUAUUAGACACAUGAGGGAUGUUACUGGAGUUUUGUUAAGGAGGUAAUUAAUAAUGGAGACGUGACUGGGAGGGUCGUACUGGAAUAUCUUCAUCUCGAAAAAUAUCGAAUCUCGAUAAUCUUGAUUUUUUGUUCGUGUAAGCAUGAUUCACCUAGAGCAUUUAAAAGGCAUAGGCGGGGGUUGAACUAUCUA